AUGGAGAGGUUGAUGACGCUCUUCAGUUACGCCAGCCAGACCGACAUCUGGGCCGCGGUUGUUGCCCUGCUGACAGCCGGGGCUGAGCAUGUCUUCUCUUUGGUGGUCUUCAGGUGUCCCUGCAGCCCGGACCUGAACUUUGUUUAUGGGUUGUCGUUCUUGCUGGUUCCUGCUUUGGCCCUCCUGCUGCUCGGGUACAUCCUGAAUAAGAAGACCUGGAUCCUGCUGACGGGCACGUGCAGGAUAUGGUCGUGCGACUGGGUGACUGCAAACAUGACCGCUCUGUUAUACAUCUCUAACUUUGCACUUGUGGCCCCGUCUUCCUGGAUCGCUGUUGCUCUGCUCAGUGGGAACUACUUUGAGUGUGCAAUGGCGGGGACCAACGUGAGCAGCAGCUACGGCAGUCACUUGUGUGAAGACACAUCUGAUGUGGAGCAGUGCCAGAGGGAGCUGUUUAGGUUUCCCUGUGGGAAGGGUAGUGGGGUCUCGGAGGCCGACAGGAAUCAGGUGAUGCUCAUCCUCAAGGCUCACUCUCAGGUCAGUGAUUAUCAGUCGGUCAUGCUCUGAAAGCACACACCUCUUCCAACGUGGUAACUUCAUUAUAUACUUUCAAAAAGUGCAUUGUUAAGGGGCGUUCAGACCAAACACGAUGCGACCUGGUCGCGUCGCGUUGGUCGCGUCGCGUUGGUCGGUCACGUCGCGUCGCUUGGUGCUCUGGUGUGUUCACAACGGGUCCAAAGCUGUAGUCGCAGGUCGCGGCUGGUCGCCGGUGACAUCAUCCAUGAGAACGUCACUAGCCCGGUUUUCAGUUCAUCUGUGCUGCCGCAUAUCUGACGCGACUUGGCGACCAGGUCGCCAAGUCGCUUCAGGUCGCGUCGCAGGCAGCCGGCGGUCGCCAAGUCGCGUCAGGUCGCGGCUGUCCAUAGACUUUGCAUUGGGAGCCGUCGCCGACUUUGCCGAAGUCGCGUUUGGUCUGAACACCCCUUUAUAUUGACAUGGAGCUUGAGUCCAUACCCCCCUAAAGAAAAAAGGUAAUUAUCCUAAAAGUAAAUGAAAGAAAACAAGGACAUAAAACAGGUAGGCUUAAGAAUAAAAAAGGGACAGGGCCUGAAUGGGUCUCAUUUUUAGCCACUUUUACAGUGGCCAUGAGGUGCAAAUUACAAUGGCAAAAGAGAAAACACAGCAGCAAACCAGAAAACACAACGGCAAAAGAGAAAACACCACACUCACACUCACACACGAAACACAACACAAAAAUGUGACAGGGCUGGUUUUUUGCUUGCAUGUUGUGUAGUACGUUUUUAGAGUGGUGUUAAGGAAUUUGCAACGGUCCCUGAAGUAGCGACAAUCAACCGAUACGAGGCCGGUGCGUGCAGCUCGCAACACACACCUGACCGUGUUUACAAGACAGCAGACACGGAAUGAGAUAGCAAUAACCGCAGAAGUCGGAGAGAAACCACGCCAGGAGCAGCAGCAAGGAGCCAUCCUGGAGUCUAUGGCUAGAGUGUGCGACUGCCUGGUUCAGCGAGCCCGGAUGGAUAGCCGAGCAAUGGCAGGGAAGCGGACGGGUGGCGUAGGAAGUCGCAGCAAAGGAGCUGACAGGGGUGGCCAUAUGGAGGAACCGAGACACAGACAUAAGGGGAAGCGAUGCUGGUUGGCAGAGGGGUGUUGUUGCGAUGCACCCUUCUCUCUGUCAAGUACCCCCACAGACACAAGACCUUCUACACUAUUGUUACUCCUGCACUGCUACUGGACAGCUUGGCUUAAAGGGACUACUCAAACACUAAGGGCUCUAUUUUCGUGCCUCGCCGGAGACGUGCCGACAAGGCGUUCCCAAGAACAAUUUGGUAUUUUGGUGAGCAGCGCAGCCCGGCGUAAGUAUCCCCCCUUCCUAACUCAGCUCCUCCCAGCGGCGUAAAUCGUUGCAAGGGAGGAGAGAGGGCGUGGAGUGGGUUUAACACAGCCGAGACCUGUUUUCACCAAUCACAUAAGCUCCUCUCCUUUCCUUUAAAUCUGCCACCGGCAAGGCGUAUUACUAUUUUCGUGAAGUAGUCAAAGAGAUCAAGAGAUGUCUGAAGACAGUUAUGCCACACGAUGGCGACAAAGGGCAGCAGCUCAACAAGUGUCACUGUAAGCGCUGCAUUGGGCAUCCUCCACACUCUCUCAUAUGAGCACAGAUGGAUUUGGUGUGUGUAAAGUUGGAUCCACUGGUAAGAAAAACACCCUUUUCCACUAAUUAAGACACUCACAUAAAGUUGCAUAUAUUCAAACCUCACAUGACAAAGGUGGGUUGUGCGCACAGAUCACAACAUAAAUUCCAAAAAUGGCAUUAAAAUCGGAACCAUCUGUGCAUAAAUGACGCAUCAUGCUCUGUAGCCGGGCUCUUUCUUUCAUAGAUGUUGGCAUAUAAAAUAAAUUUGGCCCACAAAACUGAAUAUUAUAAUAUCCGUAUGUCGGCUUAAAGUAGAUAACGCAUCUGAUAACUGAAACAAAUCAUCUGUUCAGCCGCAGCAGCAGCAGGACGGAGAGAGGAAACGGAGACGUGCCCAGGUCGAGCUGUGCGAGAAAAAAGAGGAAGAAGAAGAAAGAAAAGGAGGGAGACGAAUUACAUAUCUAGUUAACUUCAUCAUGUGUGUUUAUUUACUAGAUAUUUAAUUUAAUUUGAUGCGGUUUCAGCUGUGUUGAUUCGGUCAGGUUGUGUGUCCAAACGCGUGCCAAACGCGCUCAUCAGUUCAGAUAUAGAUCAGAAUAUAUCUAUAUAGAUCUAAAUGUAUGUGCUGACUCAGAUUAUUAGUUGUUGAUGAUUAUUUAUUGCACUGAAAUGUGCCUGACACUGUGGAAACCUGCCGGUGAGGCAUCAGUGACGUAUGCCGAUACGCCGCCGGUCUACCAAAAUACUACUAGACCAGCUGCGCUCUGCCUGCGCUGAAAGCUGACCAGGUUUGAAUCGGCAAGCUUUCAGUGCACUUUACACGCCGGUGGCGAUCACGAAAAUGUCACUGCACCCGCUGAUUCUGUCGACACCUCCCCCUGCCACGCCACCACGCCCAGCUUGGCAGAUCUCGGUUCGCCUCCGUGCGCCUCAGUCCACGAAAAUACCAAACUGGCUGUACGCCGGGCUGCACCAGAUGAAAAUACAACUGCGCGGGGCUCGCCGCCCUCCGCCGCCUGACCAGCGUACACAAAAAUAGAGCCCUAAGUGUCUGACAGCCAUUUUUACUUCCCUUAGGACAGACACAAAAAGAAAAAAACACAACAGCAAAUCAGAAAACACAAUGACAAAUAAGAAAAUACAUCACAAAAAGAAAGAACACAACAGCAAAUAUGAAAAUACAACACAAAAAGAGAAAACAACACAAAAAGAGAAAAAACAACACCAAUUUAGAAAACACAACAGCAAAUAAGAAAACACAACACAAAAAGUGAAAACACAAUGGUCAAAGUCAUGUUGUCUGAUUUGCCGUUGUGUUUUCUCUUUUGUGUUGUGUUUAGUAUUUGCGGUGGUGUUUUAUGAUUAUCUGUUGUGUUUUGCACCUUAGGGCUACUGCACACUUCGCUUCACUUCCUUACAGUUUUUUUUGAAUUGCAUAAACACUAAAAUCAAAUUUGCUUCAGCACAAUUUUGAGUAAAGGGCUUGGUUUUUCAAAACACUGCACACAAGUAGCGCAACCAUACACACAAUUAGCAGAAGACCUCAGAUCCUUUGCAAAACGAAACACUCUUGUAAAAACUAGCCACUACUUUAGAAAAAUGAUAUUUUGUUACCACAUGCAAACACACAUGUUUUAAACCAGUUACACACUGCUGUGCUUAACCUACUAAAAAACUUUAGCAAUUCUACUUCUCAGUGAUUUGAGUAAUGUAAGUGAAGUACACAGAGAAAUUGCAAAUAUACAAUACAGAAAAUUUACCAAAUUCAAGACAAGACCAAUGCAGCAGAAUGACGAAAAUAUAAUUUAUUUCUCUCUAUAUACCUGAAUCAGUCAAUAUUUAAACAAAAGAUGUCCAUGAUACAACAGUAGUUUAAAAUAAAAUCAAAAAAAUUACACACACUCAAAAAAAGAAAAAAGAAAAAAAGAUCCAGCGGGGAAAAUAUUAUGGAUUAUCUCUUUACGAUGGACGAUAGCUUCAUCAGCAAGACAAAGAGGAAAGAACUGCCAUGCGUGUUAAAUUCAUCCUUGAAUGGCUAUGGCGUCAAUUUGCUCACAGGCCUCCUCUAUGGCCUGAGCAAGGGGCACCUAUGGUUUCUUUAGACAUGAACACAUUUCCACAGGACAGUGUUACCUCAUUAUUGAAUAGUUGUAUUUCAUAAAUGACUGCAUAAUCCGUGUAAUAUGAUUCAGGAGUUUAAAUUAUGUCUAUCUGUUCCUGGUGUCCACAGAUUCUGGGUUGGCUCCUCAUCGCCUCCAUCAUGUUGUUCAACCUGCUGCUAAUCUGCCUGGGUCGUUGCACUUCUCCAAUCAGCUACCUGCAGCUCAAGUUCUGGAGGACGUACACUAAGGAGGAGAACAGCCUGCUCAAUUCCCGCAUUGUCGAACAUGCCAGAAAGCUUGCUGGAAGAAACCUCAACAGCUUCUUUACAGACACCCCCCUGAAGCCUUUCAGAUCCCCUCUACUGAUAUGUGGAAGAAGAUCUGCCCUUUGUUCAAGUUCGACUCCAGAAAGCAGCUCUACAGUGCUCUGCACUGCUACGUGGAGGAGCAGUGGAAAGAUCAGAGAGUGGAUCUGGGGAUGGUAG